UGAUGUCUGGUUUGGUUGGCAGUACGUCACAACAAAAUGGAGCGGCUGGACAGAACAGUGCUGAACGCAGCUCCGGGUGCCGCCGACUUCAGGGGAAAUGACAGCUCAUUAUUAUCAGUACUGAAGACGCUCCUGUUCUUCACAUUCCUAAUGAUUGCUUUACCAAUUGGGUUGUAUUUUGGAACAAAGUCUUAUGUCUUUGAAGGUACAUUUGGGAUGUCAAAUAGAGACAGCUACUUCUAUGCUGCUAUAGUUGCAGUAGUGGCUGUUCAUAUCGUGCUGGCUUUGUUUGUAUACGUAGCAUGGAAUGAAGGCUCAAAGCAAUGGCGCGAUGGCAAACAGGAUUAAGUGCGGCUUUAUUUGGAUUAACCUUGAGGCUGCUGUCGUUUAAACUAAUUCUGGAAGACCGUUAAAUUGAAGAGGCAGAAUGACUGAGAGGUGUGCCACAGACCCGUUGGAAUUUUGUUUCGGAAUGGAAGCAUUGGUGCAAAGUGAAGAAAAAUGGAAGUUGCAUUAGCCACAGCUAAACUUGACUUUCAAAGGCAAUGUCUGUCUAAUUGUUCCCAUUUCAUGUGAUUACUUCAACAGUUGAGAUUCAAGAUAUGCACUUUCAGUGUACACCAUUUACAUUUUCAGGCAAUGUAACACCUGCAGCUUAAAAGGUAGCUCAUUAAUCUUCAGCACACCAAUGCCACUUUAACACAGAUGCUAACCUGUUUAAAAUUGGAGUAAGGAAUUCUCAUUAGUUCGAAGAACCAAAUAUUAAAACACAAAACUUCAUACUGCACUAUACAUGAAAUGGUGUCUGUUUCCAUAAUAAAUAUUCUGUACAACUGUCUACUUGUAUCUACAUUUAUUGUUACGAUGUAAGUUAUGUUUUCAGUUGCGGAUUCAAAGAAAGUAAUAGUGUUACCAGUAACACAACAGAAGCUACAUCUUUGAGAUAUUGCUAAUAAGGUUUGUUUGUUAAAGUAUUAUGAAAGUCUGCUCAAUGUUCCAGAAUAUUAUUUAUAUAUGAAAUUGUUUUGGAAUUGUAAAGAUCCAAAAAGAUGUUAAGGCUCAUCUUUCUUUUCUAAUCUUUGAUGAUGCCAAGUAGAAAGUCAAAUGUUUCAGAGCAAUUUGCAUUUUCGGGUGAAUUGCUUCUCAAGGAAAACCAUAAUCUUUCAACUGCAACAAAAAUAUUGAAACUGAGGUAUCAUGUUUAUCUUGGUUCCUCAAGAGACAGUAUGGUCCUGCAGAAAGGCUGCACUAGGGCUGCCAUCGUGUGGGGGGGAAAAAAAUUAACCAGUGUGGUCCAGGAUUUUGAUCAUGUCUCCCAACUUUUUUAAAGAACCAAGACCAGAAAUUGCUGUUGAUUUGUCACUGGCACCAAAAUAUUUGCACAAAAUAUUUUAAAAUGGGUUAUUAAAAACCUUGUGUGCCUGCAAUGCUUUUCUCCAAUUCUCAUCUGUGAAGGACUGAACUUCCUUUAAAAUGGAUAAGAUUAAUUUUUGAGGUUCUAUUGUGAGACUUGCAGUUUAAAUGAACAAACCUCAAGACAGUGAACCAUGCCUUACAGCCCAAGAAUGUAAAUAGUUGAGGUGGACAGUGCUUUGAAACAGACCUGUGUAUGGAAUAUGUUGUAGUUUAAAAAAUGUUCCUUUGAUAUUGCAAGAACUCCUCAGCAAAUACCUAGAAUAAAGAAUUAUGCAGGAAAAUUGAAAUUCUGAGCUGCCGCAUUUAGUAAUGGUCCAUGAUUAAUGCUGUUCCACAAGGAGCAAGUUUUCUUGCUUUAACUACCGUGAAGCAAUUAAAUUGUUAACAAAAACAGUCACUAUGUAAUUCGUCAAAAUGGAGUUUUAUUUUGCAUUAGGAAAAAUAUAGCAAAAAUAUUUUGCACAGCCAGAGGCUGAUUGUACUUGUUUUGCUGACAAGUGUAUUUUUUUUAUUUACAUGCAUCAAUACAGAAAUAAAAAGUGAAAUCUGAUUUGCUGUAAUCUUUCCAUUCCCUGCCCCUUUCCCCAGAUGGUGAAAUAAUCUUGUUUGCAGAAUGAUUGAACUUGCUUUGAGUGAAACAUAAAAAAAAUGAACACGUUUAAUGUAAGUUAUGUUACCAAAUAUGAUUGUCAUGUGGAAAUUAUUUGGCAAUUGUACUGCCCUUAAAUGUCUGAAAUUAAAUGGUAUACUUUAGUACUGUAUAAUUGGUCAAAACUGAUAAAACUGAUUGUCUAAA